AUGUCACCAAGCGAAAGAUCUCCAGAUCCAACAAACGAACCCCUGCGACCCUCGUCUGUAUGGACCAACGAUUCCGUGUUUGCCGACUCGGCUAUCAGUAUGGGAUCCAGAUCCAACACUCCAAAACAACUCGACGAUGAGCACCUCGAGCUGCGAUCGCCAACCUCACCGAAGCAUAACCUGUCCGAGCGCCUUUCCCAGCUGGCGGCUAUCGCAUGGGCUGCCGAGCAAGAUGGAUACGUUGAUGAUCAUACAAAAGAGAAGGUCUUCGAAGCAACAAAAACCAUUGAGUCUUGCCUCGACGAGUGUGACGAGGACGAAGAGCUGAGCGUUCAAGGCGACUCCGCCAGAGGUGCGCAGGAGGCCGAGGUAGCAGCGAUACGGAAUCGAGAGCUCGAACAGACUCAGCUGCAGUACAUCCAUGAACAGCUGGCUGCCACCGUGACAUCGAUGCGCCUUAGGCAACAAGAGCAGCGGCACAUCAAUGAGCUGGCUAUCCGAAAAAUGGAGGAUAUCGCAAGCACAUGCGCGGGCCAUGAACAGACGAUCCGCGCUCUGCAAAAUGAGGUUGAACAAUUGAGGAUCGACAAGCAAAAGCUGGAACGUGACAACAGCGGUUUCCAGACACAUGCGAUGCAAUUGACUUCUGAGCUGGAACAGAAAGAUCUCGCCGUGCAAGCCAUGUCAAGUGCAGUAGCUGGAUUGGAUGGCUGGAUACAGACUUCGUUGGGUCCCGACCGGCCGGCAACGAGAAGAGUAAGGGCAACAAGAGGGCGAGGCCGGUUUCAAACACAUUAUUAUGUCGACGUUCCUGUGGAGGGCCCAAUGGACGGUCGUGAUGGUACAAUCGAUGCUCGCGAAGUCCGAGAUGGUAUUACUGCCUGGGUCCGAGGAUUUCGCGACGUCGAAGAUGCGAUGAACACCGGUGUUCAGUCCAGAUCUUCGGCUGUGUACAGACAUCCAACUAGUGAAGGUGGUCUCCCGAUGAACUCCAGAAUGAGUUCUGUGACAGAGGAUGAUGAUUGGGGAGAUUUCCAGACAGCGUCGAGUGCCAGAUUCGACUGA